GCGAAGUGAAUUUGCAGAAAGGAUCGAGCGCCCCAAAGCACGGGUACCAAUAUAUAGUCAAAUCCGCUCCUACAAUCUUGUCUGACUACGCCGUAGUUAUAGUCGGUGAUAAUUUGAAUCGCACCAGAUUCCUCAUCCUUUGCAUCUGGAAAGUACGUUGCUUGGCGUGUACACAUCCAGCAGAGAUGCGAUCAUGGACGCUGCUAUGUGGAGUGGUAUUAGCUGGUCGCUCACAAGCUGGUUUUGAUGCUGAAUUCCAACGGCCUAAGGUAGACUAUAGGAGAGUAAAUUCGACAACAGCAUUGAGUUCAUCGAUAGCAUCAGGGGCAACAACAAGCCUUUCCUCAAAGCCGACGUCCUCAUCCCUGUCCAGUUCCUCGAGCACCAAGACAUCUAUCUCAUCGUCUAGCGCUGUCUCAAAUACGGAAUCGAAAGCUGUUACAUCAGUAGAUGCCGAACAAUCGAAUCUACCGCAAAGAAUACAAACCACUCGCCCCGAAGCUACUAGAAAUAGCUCCAUAGUAUCGAUCCAAACAACAUCUGCUGGAGACAGCUCUGUACUAUCGAUCCAAACAACAUCAUUUCGCCCCGAAGCUGCUGGAAAUAGCUCCGUAUUAUCAAUCCGAACGACAUCGAUUCGCCCUGGCGCUACAAGAAAUGGCACAAUAACAACGGCCAUCGUCCCAUCUACAAAAUCGAGGCCUCCAUUCGCGCUCAUUUCGGGGAAUGGAACUUGCACAGGCUGUAACUUGGAUGUCCUCAGAAGCAGAACAACAACAGGUCCGAGCUGGUCAUCUUACGUUGUUACUGAAACGAUCCUCAACAAGACUAUACAUUACUAUACUGGAGAGCCUCCAGUCCUCCAGACCACAGAGGUCGUUCAAGAAAUCCUGUCACAGACCAAGACAGUUGUGUUUGCCGGGAAUCAAACAGUAUCGCAUGGGGCCCCUACUUUCAAGAUAGUUCCCACUGAUGGGGUCACCUUAUAUCGAGAAGUGGGGCCAGUUUAUGUUAUAUAUCAAGCCAUGGAGGGCGGAUUGAACUCACCACACACGGCGGAGUCUGGAGCGUUGAUCAGUCAGACAGCUUGCAGCCCGCAAGCUUCCCCUCUAGCAUAUGCGACACCUACACGCACCGAAGACUGGGAUUUCUUCAUCGAAACCUUCACAGGAAGACCAACUGCGGGGCCAAAGAACAAAGGCAUUCCUCCCCGUCUUCUGGGUUAUUUGAAACAGAAUCCGCAAUUACAGGAACAGUUCGCCGGACAUGAUAUUGCCACUUGCACUGCCCCCGCGGAGGCACCCACUGAAUCUUUUCCUAUCGACGAGGAACCGGCAACCAGCACUUCCCCUAGUAGUGUUAGUGCACCAAGUCAAUCAGGUAGUGUUGUUGCACCAGGUGAACCAGCUCCUAGUGAAAGUAGUGGUGGUGAUACUGCACCAGAUCCUACUGAAAGCGUUGGUGAUGAAGAACCAACCUCGACUGGAUCUAGUGCUACAGCUACUGGAACUGGUGUUGCAAACCCUCCUAACCAAGGAUUACCCUCGAAAGGAAAUCCACCUCGGCCGCCAAAGCCUUCGAAACCGGCACCAACCCAGAGUGCGUUUUUCCCGAAGACAUCAGAUAAACCUGCCUCGACAUACCUCAGCACUACAUUCGAAUACACCACAACCCACACCACAGUACAAGGCUGUCUCAGAUGCGACAGCGAUGCGCCAAGUCCUACCGAUCCUGCUCAGAAUCAACGAGGACGACCUGACGUGGAGCCGGACCUCGCACCAGAGCCCGUCACAAUUCCGCCGGCGCCUUCUACGACCUUUUCUUUCUUUCCACCAGUGCCCAGCCCACCUCCUGCGAAUACUAUCAAGAUUGGCGACGAAACCUUUGACGUGCGCCCCGUGGACACUCCACAGUUCAAGCCUGUCCAACCUCCAUCAAACCCUGAUAAUCCUUUUAUCGUAAACGGCCCAAAUACACUCCCAAGCGAUUCUUCCCAGCCAAUUUCACAACCUCCAACAGGUCCUGGGAUACCGGUACCAAACAACCCUGCUUUGCCCCCAGCAAACCCAGGGCGACCUAACGAUCCCGCUCAGCCGAAUGUGCAACCUCCUGUGCAGCCCGCUCCGAAUCCUAACAACCCCACGAUACCAAAUGCUCCACCACCACCGGCAGACCCGUCCCAGGGGAAUCCGUCUCAGCCCCUCCCGCAGGCAGGGUCAAAUCCAUCAAACCAACCUGUUCCAGCCGGCCCAGAUGCAGGAUCGAACAUACUGAAUCUACCAGUGCAGACCGGCGCGCAAACAGGGCAAAAUCCACCGAACCAGCUCUUGCGACCUGCUCCACAGACCUCGCUGGGUAGCCAGCCUAACCAAGCACCAAAUUUUUCUGGGGAUGUCGUCAUUGGCUCUCAAACACUGAGCGCUGGCCAAACCACCAUUAUGAAUGGAGCAACUGUCAUCGUUCCCACAUCAGGAGGAGGCUCUCAACUUAUCGUAGAUGGCGCCACACAUACCAUUACACCCACACCUCCUAUGAUCACGGAAAAAGCCACCAUCUCAUUAGGCGGAGAUAAAAUACCCGCGAGCGUCAUUGGAGGAACUCCCGUCUUUGUGCUUGGCCCGUCAGACACUCUUACACUUGGUGGAGUCGCUACCGUCUCGGGGACGACAUAUUCUUUGCCCGCGUCGGGAUCUGGCUCGGUUGUGGUCGCCAAUGGCGCGACUUCGACGUUGAGUGCAGCUUCUCCGGCCCUCACAGUCGGUGGACCUAGCCAAAUCAGUGCUUCGGUGAAGGACGGAACUACUGCCUUUGUUGUUGCACCUGGACAAACUCUUGCUCCGGGCAGUGUGGUGACUGUGUCCGGGACUACAUUCUCGAUGCCGACAGAAGCAUCUGGAUCAGUGCUUGUUGUCAACGGAGCGACUUCAACUAUUGCUGGAAGUUCGCCUGUUCUGACUCUUGGUGGACCCAGCCAAAUCAGUGCUUCGGUAAAUGAUGGAACGACUGCCUUCGUGAUUGCGCCUGGGCAGACACUUGCGCCGGGCAGUGAGGUGACCAUUUCAGGAACCACUUACUCGAUGCCUUCAACAGCUUCUGGCUCAGUGCUUGUUGUGAAUGGAGCGUCUUCAACUAUCGCCGGAGGUUCACCUGUUCUGACUCUAGGUGGUACGAGUAGCAUCACCGCGUCUGUCAAAGAUGGAACAAAUGCCUUCGUGGUUGCCCCUGGGCAGACACUUGCGCCAGGCAGCGAAGUGAUUAUCUCGGGAACCACUUACUCAAUGCCUUCCACAGCAUCUGGCUCAGUCCUCGUCGUAAACGGAGCUAGUUCUACGCUUUCAGCAGCUCUACCAGUCCUCACAAUCGGUGGCGAGCAAAACGUCAUCAGCGCAACAGUGAAGGAUGGUACAACCGUUUUCGCUAUCGCUCCAGGACAGACUUUGGCACCUGGAUCCGCCAUCACAGUAUCCGGAACCACGUACUCCAUGCCCGCUACAGCGUCCGGAUCCGUACUCGUCGUCAACGGCAGGACGUCAACGUUGGAGCAGCCACUCCCAAUCAUGACCUUACCCAAUGGAGUGCCCGUAUCAGCGUCCAUGAUAGGUGGCGUGACCGCUUUCGUGAUCGGUGCCGGACAAACGCUCACGCCCGGUGGCAACGUCACCGUGUCUGGAACGAUCUACUCGAUGCCUGCGACGAGAUCGGGGGGCGGGUUCGACGUCGUUGUUUAUGGCCAGGCAUCAACUUACAGCCCCACAAGGGCUUCGGUCUCAGCUUCAACGACCGGCGCCCGCGAUUCUGGCGGUGAUAACGCUGGUGGCGCCGCCAACAAAGUCGCGUCUUCCACACCGAGCACUGGGGGCGGAAGCAGUCUGAGUCAGGCAGGAUUCGAUAGAUGGGUGGAGAGCAUCUUGCUGAGCGUGGCUGGAUGGAUGAUCUUCUUGAUAUGAUUUAAUGCAUAGCCUCUUUUCUUUCAUGUCCAUGUUAUUUAGGGUGAACAUCACCAUAUUAUUUUUCCGGGGCAGUGUUUUCGCUACUUAUUCCAAAUAUUCUCUCGGUUGGCCUGGCUAGGACAUGGGUGCUUGUUUCCAGCAUUUGUCAUUGCAUCACACGCGUCUAUCAUUGUUUGUAACAUAGAAUAUCAGCGUAGGUACAACGGCCAUUUCUACAAUGGAAAUGUCUAAAAUAAUAAUUCAUCACAUUCAAAUCGGUUGUAAAGCAAGAUCAUUAAAAGACGUAUAAUUAUCCGGAACACCCAAUAUCCCAGCCAACCAACGAAACGACGAUUGCAGCAAGCUAACCACCUCCAACAAACAAGCAAAAAAAGGGGGGUCAAUGCCCGCCCGAACGCUUACAUCCGUCCACCAUCCAUCCGCCUGUUGCGCGCGCACAACUUUCAUCCGCAUUAUCGUUCAUCCCACGUCCUACUUUUAAGCGAAC